CAGCGUGCUGGAAGCGCGAGCAAAGCCAGACGUGUAAGAUGCCCAUCUUCCACGCAGCAGUGUGAGAGGGCACACCUCUGGCUCUGGAACUGGCACAGUCAGUGCGUGGUCUUGAGCAAAGCAAACCUGCGGAGUUACCGGUGGCGUAAACGGCCGGGGACACUCAGGGUAGGGCCCGGUGGGUGUGCAAAGAGAUCGUGGAAGGAAGGUGGGGCUGGCAGAGGAGCCCUGGUCUGACAGUAGCACUUCACUUGAAGCAGCAGCAGUCUUUAAGAGCUUUGGCUGCUGACUUCAGUUCUGGAGCAGUGUCAGGUCAGGCUGGGCUUGAACCAGUAAGAGCCCUAAAAUAGCCAGAAAAUUUUCAGAGGAAAGAAGUUUUCUUUGGAAAAUGCUUGUUUAUCAAGCCCAAGAUAUUUUUUUUUUUGAAACCUGUCAAUGCCGAUGAAUUUCUGCUGACGUAGAGUUCAGCUAAGUUUGUCUCUGGACCAGGAUUGCUGGAAGCAUCAAGUGUCCUGGCUCAGAGAUGUGCCCAGGAUAACAAUACCUGCUGAGGUGUGCUGCAAGCUGCUGUGACCCACGCUGUUGGUGCAAGUCUCCCUGGAGCAACCCUGUAGCCGCACUGCAAGGGUGCCAUGCCUGACAAUGGCACUGAAUGAGUGCUGACUUCAAGCCUCCUUCCUGUAAAUGAUUGGACCAAACAAGGCGGUGUGAUGAACAUGCCACUGCAUCAAAUCUCUGUCAUUCCAGCUCAGGAUGUUACCUCUUCCAGAGUCUCCAGGAGCAAGACCAAAGAAAAAGAAGAACAGAAUGAGAAAGCUUUGGGCCAUUCUGUGAGCCGUUCCAGUAACAUCUCUAAGGCUGGAAGUCCAACCUCUAUCUCUGCUCCUCAUAGCUUCUCUCGGACUUCUGUUACACCAUCCAAUCAGGACAUCUGCAGUUCCAGUGCAGUGUUUUCUGAAUGUUGUCAUCACAGUCCAGUGCAGUCUGCUGUUGUCUUGAAAAAUCCUCACUGCCAGAGCUCUCUGACACAAGGGGUCACUGUGACAGUAAUCUGUCAGGACACGUUACAUGCAGCAAAGAGAAACUCCCGUGGGCAGGAUCGGGACCAGGCACUCAGGUCUGCUAAGAAUGUAAAGCCCACCUGCACUCUGAAAUUCUCCAAGUCCCUCAAUGACGUGGACCAGAAGGCACAGAGCACCAGCGAGUGCUUUGACUAUGUGGAGCGAACAUGCUCAGAAGGCAAAUUGACCCCGACUCAAGAGCAGUAUUUGAGGAUUAACAAAUUUCAUCUUAAAGAGAGGAAAUCGCUGAAUCUCAGGCCUCUUUCUUUUAGCAAUUAUAAGCACUCCUACAUCCCUUCCCUUUCCAACUAUUCGAGUGCAUCGGGAGGAGCAGAGAACCGCAGCACUGUACACAUCCCCUUGCUGGAGGACAAAGUGGACCAUGACACUUCAAGAAGCAAAAAACUGUUGCGUUACCUUUUUUCCUUCUCCCACAACUCCAGCACCAGCAGCCUGCAUAAGUUCCAUGAACUGGAGAGCUAUUCCAGUCACUUUCAAGCUGAGAAAUCCUCCAGCAUGCUGGUGGAAAGCACGGACUUCUGCUCUGAUGAUAUGGGAGAUGAUGACGUCUUUGAGGACAGCACCUCAGUGAAAUUGAAAACAAAAGAGCAGCGGGCGCCGCUCUGUUCGGUUGAGAAGGACAGUGACCUUGACUGCCCUUCCCCUCUCUCAGAAAAAUUCCCCCCUCUCUCCCCUGUGUCUACAUCGGGGGAUACCUGCAGGAUAUGUCACUGUGAAGGAGAUGACGAGAGCCCUUUGAUUACCCCCUGUCACUGCACGGGAAGUCUUCAUUUUGUGCACCAAGCCUGCCUGCAGCAAUGGAUCAAGAGCUCAGAUACGCGAUGCUGUGAACUGUGCAAGUACGAGUUCAUCAUGGAGACAAAACUGAAGCCUUUGCGAAAGUGGGAGAAGUUACAGAUGACAGCCAGCGAGAGGAGGAAGAUCAUGUGCUCUGUAACAUUCCAUAUCAUUGCCAUCACCUGCGUUGUGUGGUCUCUGUAUGUCCUCAUAGACAGGACUGCUGAAGAGAUUAAACAGGGACAGACUACUGGGAUUCUAGAAUGGCCAUUUUGGACUAAGUUGGUGGUUGUGGCUAUUGGUUUCACUGGAGGACUUCUGUUCAUGUAUGUACAAUGCAAAGUGUACGUACAGUUAUGGAAGAGACUUAAAGCUUAUAACCGAGUAAUAUAUGUACAAAACUGUCCAGAAACUAGCAAAAAGAAUAUUUUUGAAAAACCUGCACUAAUGGAGCCAAACUUUGAAAGUAAAGAAAUGCUUGGGGUUCACCAUUCAGAUACAAACUCUUCACAUUACACAGAGCCAGAAGACUGUGCUGCAGAAAUCCUUCACGUCUGACUGCUGGGUGGGAGGGGUGUUUCUGUAUGUCCUUGAAGAUUUAAAAUAUCAUUGUUUACUGCAAACUGCUCUACCUUUUUAAAAUUGGCUAACAGCCGAGGGCUGGCAGAUGAAGUUUUUUACAUUUGCGUUUUGUGGGAAUUUUUUAAAAUCCCUUUGGCGUAUCCGUCAAUGUUAUCAUGGUUGCAUACCUCUCAACAUUUCGUCUCACGUACUGGGCUGAUCAAAGAGCCACAGGUUACUGAGUAGAAUGAGCCUUGGUUGUGGUAUUAAGCAAGCCACUAGUGAACUGUCAUCAACUUCAUGGAGUAUGUUACUUUAGAAGAUGACUCUAAAUGAUUCUGGAAGAUGUGUAGAGUGUUGGUUGUUGUCUUUUUUUUCCUGUCUUGUGGUUUUUUUCUCAGCAGGAUGAAGGAGGCUGUCCCAGACACUGAGGGAAAUGAGAAAGCUAGAGUCUAAUCUACUGCUAACACUGCCACUAACAUUUUGUCUUAGGCAGCAGGUGUAAAAUUAUGCUUUGCAUAUUGUGAUGAGACUCAUAAAGCAUAUAGCACUUUUAAAAAUCUUUAUUUUGUAAUAUGUAUGUCCAAUGAGAAUGAAACUUGAAAGAAUGUGUCAUUUUCAGAACAUUUCUUCAUUCUCUACCCCACUCAUUCUACUGAAACGUAAACCUCUUGCCUUAUUUAAAAAAAAAAAAUUAAAAUUCCAACCUGUGAUUUCCAACACAUGCACACAUUAUCUUACUAAACAUAACACUAAAAAACUGCCUCUUUGGGUUUCCUUUGAGGAACAAUUUUUUUUUUUCAAAGGAUGUUGCACUUGUGACUUGUGUUUGGGGAGUAGUGGAUGUGUACAGUGUUUGUUUUCAAUGCGUAAUGGUUUCAGUGCUCUGGGGAUUGGUUUUGCUUUUUUUUUUUUUUUUUAAACAGGUCAGGUCAUCAACGGACCUGCACUUAUAUACCUGAUGUAACUUUCAUUCCAAACCAUUGGUUAAGGUUUUGUUAGUGUAUUGGUAAAAAUGUGAGCUGUUAUGGAAAAAAGAUACUUAGUCAAUACAGCUGAAAUUGGUUUUCCUUCUUUAGUGCUGUGUCAUGUGUGAAUUACCCGAGAAUUUGGCAUUGUGAGAGGAGGUACUAAGUUCAAAGUUGAGGAAGUAAAUAUUGCAUUAAGUGUAUGAGUUUAAAAAUGGUUUUAGUCCUGAUGUGAUAAAUUACAUGGUCAGAGAA